UAUGGACAAAAGCAAGAAUUAUAUUAAUUUUGUGUGAUGUAUCUUCAUGAUUCUGUACUGAUGGUGUAUCAGGGUUGUUUUGUACAUCUAACAUGUUUUAGUUCAGCUGACAUAUUUCCCUUCAUGCAGGUCUACAAGUUUAAUUCUACAUUUAUAUUGCACAAUUCUGAGUUUAUAUCUCACAUUUGCAAGAAAAAGUCACAAUUGUAAGGUAAAUAGGCGCAAUUACCGUUUUUUUUCCCCUUGGUGGAAAUAUGAUUUUCCAUAGAUUUUAAUCAUCUUAAUUGUUGUCUUCUGAGCAAAGUUGAUUUCAAAGAGCUCCCACCAGCUCUCCCAUUAUGCUACUGCUCAUUUGCAUAAAGUUGAACUAUCUGUUGCUCAUGUUGGGUCAAAUCAGCAACGCUGAAAAUAACUUGAGGUCACUGUCACUUCAAAGAGAUGUCGCCCAUCAAUGCCUUCAGGGUGUUGACUAGCAGUUGCCACAUAUGUAAAAGUAAAAGCUAUAAGAAUAAGCACAUGCAAGAUGUGACAUGCAACAGAGCAUCAUUUUGAGGGUGUUUCUCUGCUGUCUGACAGUUAGAUCACAAGUGGCUUCAGCCUCUGGUUAUAGACAGAAGGUCAGGCAUCGUCAGGCAUUCCUAUGGGUUUAUUGCCAUCAUACAGCUGGUUUAACAGGUCCAAAGACAGUGACUAUACAUUCACAUUCCUAUCUAAUUACAUAAGCAUCCUCUGUUGAAAUGCUGCUUCUGUUUUUGUCUGUUUUGACCACAUAAAGCAUCAUGCUGGCUGUUGCAGGCUGGUAGGCCAAAUCCUUUCCUGUUUUGAUUUCUUGUAUGAGUGCCAUUUUGGCUUCUGCCCUGUGAUUCAUCCAGGAUGGGUUGAACUGUGUUUAUUCAAACAUACAAGCAAAUUUAUCAGCAAAGGCAACAUGGAAGUCACUGAAUAUUAUGCAAUAAAUUAUUUAAGGUCAGGACUUUUUUUUACUUGAUUUUUUUUUCUUUUUUCUUUUUACAAACCAAUCUUAAGGAAUCGACACUUUGUAAAAUAUGGUUUCGAAAAAUGGAAUGUAGGUGAUGUAAGUAAAUUGUACAAAAACGAACAGAUGAGAUGGGUAUUUUUCUUAAAGUUUGGAGAAUAUAACAGUCAUGUUUUUAUUCUUCUUCUUAUUAUUAUUAUUUAGUUAUUUAUUUUAAGUAGCUGUACCAACUUGGUUAUUGGCCAAUUAGAUUUCUUUUGUCAAUAUUGUAUUACAGUCGGUCGAUAUUAUAUUUUUAUUUAUUUAUUUAUCAUUUGGUUAGUUACAUUUAUUGGUAUUUGUGAUGGCCGAAUCUGUGGCCACACAUUGAUAAGGUUUAAGUUACCGUGGCAUGGAGGUUGGAUGAAUGGCGUUGACUCAGGUGUGCGUCUUUCCGUCAUCGCGGUCUUGACUGACAAAAGGCUGAGGCGCGUGCGGCAGUCAAUAUUUAUGGUCUGAGCAUUCCACUGGACGAUACCAACUAGAUGCUAUGUCAUGGGGGGGGUGAAGAAAUGAAGUUAUAUUUCUGAUUGGUUCCAAUCUAUUUUUAUUAUUAAUAUUUGUUGUUUUGUAUUAUUAGAUUGUUUUGUUUGUUACUCUAUUUACUUUGAUUAGAUAACUUGUAACUAAUUUGUUGAUUUAUAAAGUGUUGAUUGUAUGUUUUCCCCUGUCUUGUUUAAGUGAGCUCACCGUCUGUGAUAAAUACCUGUUUGUUGUCUCAUUUAGGGGGUUAGUUUUGUUUUGUUCAGUUCUUCUUAAGUUUCGUUAUAUUGAAUUAAAACUUGUUUUGUUUACUUUAUUAAAGUCUAGCUAGAUUAUUUGUUAGAACAAGUUGAUUUAUUUUGUAACUGAGACCUUUUUCUUAUUUUUGGGUAAAAUAAAACCCUUUUUUGUUGGCAAUCCUGUGUCCUCGUGCCUUACUACUUGGCGAUAUCCGACAUAUGGUGGCAGCGGUGGGAUAAGCCAGUAGAGGACACAGGUUUUUGUCCCCCCCCCCCUCUUGUUUAAUUAUAUUUUUUGAGGAAUUAUGAGUCGACCGCCAAAGAAAGGAGUUCUUAAGCUUGCUCCAACUGAGCGAGGAGAAAGAGAUGAGGAGAGGACUAUAGACAAAGAGGUGUUUGAUGGGGAAAAGGAGGCGGCAAGUAGAGAACCAUCAUUGGGUGAUUUGACUGGCCUGUUUCGAGCCCAUAUGGCGAAAAUGGAUGUCCGGGAGGCAGCAAGGAAGCAGGAGUAUGGAGAACAGGAGUGACGAUUUAGAGCUCUCCAACAUCAAUUCAGCUUAUUACAGACUGAGGUUCAGGCUCGUACCUCCUUUACUCCUGAGCCACGCCCGACUAAUUUAGAUUAUCUUGAUGGCCAGGGUGGAGAUGCAGAUCCUGGAACCCGACGUUCUCCUCACCAGUUUACCUCCCACACAAGGGAUGCUGACCCUAAUGUUGAUUAUUCUGGACCAAUGUGGCCUCGUGAACCUCGACUGGAAAAGUUAGCUGACUCUGAUGAUAUAGAGCAUUUUUUAAUAACUUUUGAGCGAAUCGCCACAGCUUGCCGCUGGCCCAAGGCUGAUUGGACUUUUCACUUGAUUCCGUUAUUGACUGGCAAAGCAAGGGCUGCAUAUGUUAAUAUGGAUUUGGAUGAUUGUAUCGAGUAUGAGAAGGUCAAGGCAGCCAUCCUCAUUAAAUACGAUAUCAGUGCAGAGACCUAUAGACAGAGGUUUCGCUCCUUAGAUGUCAAUCCAUCCGAGAGUCCAAAAGAACUGUACAUAAGGCUGAAGGAACUCUAUGGCAAGUGGAUUAGACCCCGGGAGAAAACCAUCGAAGAGGUGGGUGAAAUGAUCAUUCUAGAACAGUAUCUUCGCAUGCUUUCUCCUGAACUCCAGGUCUGGGUCCGGGAACGGGACCCUAGGACCGCAACGGAUGCCGCGUCAUUAGCUGAUGUCUUUGUGGCUGCAAGAAAAAAGAAUCAACCGUGGAGUUGGACAACUGGUAGUGACUCCCGACGGGCCCCGUUCCAUCAGAAACCGGUGCCUGGGGCGGGUAAGUCUCCCAAGGGAGAUUUUCCAGAAGUUAGACGGCAUAACAUUUUAAGAGGACCAGUCAUUUGUUUCCAGUGCGGACAAGAGGGCCACACAAGGCCAGCCUGCCCACAAAAUGCUGCUAAACUAACUAACUUGUGUUAUGUUCCCAGAGGCAGUGCAGCAAAGAUAACCAAACCAAAGGUACUGUUACAGAUCAAGACGGUGACCGUAAACGGGAAAGAACUGAAGGCCCUAGUGGAUACUGGGAGUGACCAGACUCUGGUGAACAGGAAAUUUGUGGCUCCAUCUUUAAUUAGGGCCUAUAAUAAAUUACCCAUCUGCUGCGUACAUGGGGAGGAAAGAAUGGUGCCCACUGCAGACCUAUAUAUUGGGGUUGAAGGUCAAACCUACCUGUUAGAAGUAGGGGUAGCAGAUAAUCUUCCGUAUCCCGUAGUUCUUGGUCGUGAUUUACCAGUGCUCCUAGAUCUGGUCAAGCCCGUGCAGCAGUGCAACAUAGUGAUAACAAGGGCCAUGGCAAAGCAGCCGGAAGAAGCGAUACAGACUCUUUCGACACUGCCCUUUUAUGACGUAGAUUUAGCGAUGGGCAUUCCAAAAUCAAGAAAAUCUAAACGUCAAAAGAGACGAGCAAAGCUUGAGUAUAAUGCCUCCCAAUUGCCCGUAGAGAGCACAUGCAAUCUAACCCCACAUGUCCAGCUGCCUACUAACAUAAUUGCAUUACAGCAAAAAGAUGUUAGUCUUGCUGUUUGCCUACAGAAAGCAAACCAGGAGACCACAGGGGAGGGACCCACUAAUGACAAGGGUGAGCAUUUUGUAUUUGAACAGGGCAUACUCUACCGCCAGAUCGGACUGGUAAAACAGCUGGUGGUUCCGCAGGAUACUCGAGAGGUUGUCCUUCACCUGAGCCAUUCCAUUCCCUGGGCUGGCCACCUAGGGAAAAAGAAAACCACUGCACGUAUCAAAAGACACUUUUACUGGCCCGGCUUGGAAACGGAUGUUGCCCAGUACUGUAAAAGUUGCCCUGAUUGUCAAAAAGUAUCCAUCAAACGUCCAUCAAGAGUGCCCCUCCAGCCCCUUCCUGUAAUCAGUACACCAUUCGAACGUCUGGGCAUGGAUGUCGUUGGCCCUGUGGAAAAGAGCUGUGCAGGUAACCGGUUUCUACUGGUGAUCACCGAUUAUGCUACGAGGUACCCAGAGGUAUUUCCUUUAAAGUCUGUCAAAGCUAAAUAUGUUGCAAAUUGUCUAGUCCAGUUCUUUUCCAGAGUCGGACUGCCAGCUGAAAUUCUCACUGACCAAGGGACCAAUUUCAUGUCCAAUCUCCUGAAACAAGUCUACCAGUUGCUGGGUAUUAAAAGUUUGCGGACAACACCUUACCAUCCUCAAACUGAUGGGCUCACAGAACGAUUUAAUCAGACAUUGAAACAAAUGCUGCGGAAAUUUGUUGGUGAGACUGGCCGGGACUGGGACCAAUGGCUCCCGUAUCUUCUUUUUGCUUAUAGAGAAGUACCCCAGGCUUCUACCGGGUUUUCUCCGUUUGAGCUCUUAUACGGCCAUGAAGUUCGGGGACCUCUGACACUACUUAAAGAAGUCUGGGAAGGAGACCAUGGUGAGAGUGAGCCUAUUAAAAUUGUGUCUUAUGUCUUGCAAAUGAGGGAACGUCUGGAGAAAAUGAGGACUUUGGCUCAAACCCACCUGAUGGAGGCCCAGAAGCACCAAAAAACAUGGUACGACCAAUCGGCACGGGAAAGAGGCUUUGUGGUUGGAGACAGAGUACUUGUGAUGCUGCCGAGUCAGGAGAGCAAGCUGUUGGCCAAGUGGCAGGGCCCCUUCGAGAUCAGGAACCAGCUAGGUCCCACCACGUAUGAAGUGGUCAUUCCAGGGCAAGAUCGUGCUAGCCGAGUACUUCAUGUCAACCUUUUGAAGAAGUGGGUAUCCCGACCUGAGCAGAGAGCGCAAGUGAUGAUGAUUCGUCAUGUGAAGGAGGAGGAGGAAUGGGAAGACCAGUACUUGCCUCGACCAGUAGCUGGAAAUAUUCAUCUGGAGCAUCUGCCUGAAGAUCAGCAAUCCCAGGUGAGAGCUCUAUGUACCCCUGAAACCUUCUCAGAAUAUCCUGGUUUGACAUCUUUGAUACAACAUGAUGUGAUAUUAAAACCUGAUGCAGCUGUUAGACGUAUGAGUUACAGAAUACCUGAGAGACUCCAAGAGGACUUGAAGGAGGAAGUGAACUUGAUGCUGAGACUGGGAAUUAUUGAACCCUCUAAAAGCGAGUGGUGCCAUCCGGUGGUCCUAGUACCGAAAAAGGAUGGGAGUAUCCGGUUUUGUAUUGACUUCCGGUACUUGAAUUCUGUAUCACAGUUUGACUCAUAUCCUACUCCCCGUAUAGACGCCUUAAUUGAUCGAUUGGGCAAAGCCAAAUACCUGACGACCAUCGAUUUGUCCAAAGGGUAUUGGCAGAUACCAUUGACACAACAGGCCCGUCCUUUAACAGCAUUUAGGACACCAUGGGGGCUAUUCCAUUUCCGGGUUUUACCCUUUGGCCUGCAUGGGGCACCGGCUACCUUUCAGAGACUUAUUGACCAGGUGUUACAUGGGCUAACCUUUGCUGCAGCUUAUUUGGAUGACAUAGUCAUCUACAGUACUACCUGGGAGGAGCAUGUUCAACACCUUCAAGAGGUUCUACAGCGUCUGCAAGAAGCAGGCCUCACAGUGAAUCCUGCCAAGUGUGCUGUAGCCAGGACGGAAACCGACUACCUGGGCUUUGUCAUUGGCAACGGGGUAGUGCGACCACAAGUCAAAAAGGUCCAGGCAUUAGAGGAAGCUCCCAUUCCUCAGACCCGUAAGGAACUCAGGUCCUUUCUGGGAAUGGCGGGAUUUUAUAAUCGUUUUAUCCCUCACUUCUCUAGCAGGGCUGCCCUGUUGACAGAUAUGGUGGGGGUUCGAUGUCCAAAUCAAUGCCAGUGGUCAGAAGAAAGGAUGACGGCCUUUCGAGAUAUUCAAUCGGCGUUAAGAGAAAAUGCUGUGCUGUACAGUCCAGACUUUGAUCAAGAAUUUAUUGUGCAGACGGAUGCCUCUGAGAGGGGCAUAGGGGCUGUGUUGGUACAGGGACCACCUGGUGAGCGACGGCCUGUGGCUUUCAUUAGCCGCAAACUCUUUCCAAGGGAAGUCCGCUAUUCGACAAUAGAGAAGGAAUGUUUGGCAGUUAAAUGGGCCCUAGACUCCUUGAGAUAUUACCUACUUGGAAGGGAGUUCAAGUUGGAAACGGACCAUAAAGCUCUCCAGUGGCUGGAAAGGAUGAAAAAUACCAAUGGGAGGAUCACACGGUGGUAUCUGGCUAUGCAGCCUUUCCGGUUCACUGUCCAGCACGUUCCGGGCAAGUCCAAUGUGACCGCUGACUACUUCUCUCGUUGUAUCCACGAGAUGCCUGAAGGGAGGGGGUGUGUGAUGGCCGAAUCUGUGGCCACACAUUGAUAAGGUUUAAGUUACCGUGGCAUGGAGGUUGGAUGAAUGGCGUUGACUCAGGUGUGCGUCUUUCCGUCAUCGCGGUCUUGACUGACAAAAGGCUGAGGCGCGUGCGGCAGUCAAUAUUUAUGGUCUGAGCAUUCCACUGGACGAUACCAACUAGAUGCUAUGUCAUGGGGGGGGUGAAGAAAUGAAGUUAUAUUUCUGAUUGGUUCCAAUCUAUUUUUAUUAUUAAUAUUUGUUGUUUUGUAUUAUUAGAUUGUUUUGUUUGUUACUCUAUUUACUUUGAUUAGAUAACUUGUAACUAAUUUGUUGAUUUAUAAAGUGUUGAUUGUAUGUUUUCCCCUGUCUUGUUUAAGUGAGCUCACCGUCUGUGAUAAAUACCUGUUUGUUGUCUCAUUUAGGGGGUUAGUUUUGUUUUGUUCAGUUCUUCUUAAGUUUCGUUAUAUUGAAUUAAAACUUGUUUUGUUUACUUUAUUAAAGUCUAGCUAGAUUAUUUGUUAGAACAAGUUGAUUUAUUUUGUAACUGAGACCUUUUUCUUAUUUUUGGGAAAAAUAAAACCCUUUUUUGUUGGCAAUCCUGUGUCCUCGUGCCUUACUACUUGGCGAUAU